ACUAACUUAAAUCUAUUUAUUUUACUGCUAGAGGACUAGAGGUCCCAAUCCCAAAGUAUGUACAUGUAACAUGGCCACUGUCAAAUAUCAUUCGAUACAUCGUCUGGUAAAUGUUUUGGGGUCCCUAGCAUUUUCCGUUUCCGUAAGAAACCUUGAGUGUCACUUGCCAACAGUCCUAGUUAUAAAUUUCACUCUCAAACACUCUUUCUGCAUUGAGUUUGUCUAGUCUCUUUGUUCCAAAUAUCAUUCAGUAACAUGUCCACUUCUGAAUGCAGUAGCGGAUGCGAAUCUGGAUGGACAGCGUAUCUGGAUCAGUCGUCGAAUUCAGCAAAUGAUUUAUACUAUAACGCUGAACGGAGCAAGAGUGUUACUCUGCGAGAUGGAUAUGAAGAUGAAGAUUUGUCAAUGAUUUCUGAUGCAUCUUCAGGGCCUAGACAUGAUUAUAACCAUCAAGAGAAUGAAAACAAUUGUGUGAGAAAUUAUUCGGGUUCGAAACAAGGAACCAUAAGGAAGCACGAGGCGAAAAUCAAAGGAAAGGGGAAGUUCAGCGGGGAUAGUAGUUAUCUUGAUGAUACUGCCAGCUCCCCUGUUCUUAGCUUCUCUAAGACCAAGUUAGCUCGUUCUGCCCAUCAAAAUUCCCAUGAACAAGAAACACAAGGUUUCUCGACAACACAUUAUAAGGGCAAAUCUUCAAAUCAGCAUCUUGGGUUCCAGAAAUCCUCUGUUACAGGCCUAAAUAAAUCAGGAAAACAAGAAUCUGGCUCGGCACAUUUGAAACAGUUGAGGAUGUAGUACAAGCAUACGACCAGGUUGCGCGACUCAUGUGUUGACCAAGAGCACGUACUAACUUCAUUUACAAUGCCUCAAAUGAGAUUCAAGGAAGUCAAGGGGAGAGUAUUCAAGAGUUCAAGUCACCAGAAGAGGAAUAUAUUGAACAGAUAAUCCAAGAAUUGUUGGAUUAUGGACCUGUUGAGCUUUGUUCUGUAAUUAUCUUUGGAAAGAAAGAUGGAUUGAUUAAAGAACCCUAGCCCCUUCUGUUUCUUCCCCCUUUUCCCCAAAUAAUUUUAUUUAUAUAUUUUUACAUAUCUA